UUAGACACGGCGCUAUUUUGGGGCUCUUGUCACAUUGGUCGUCAGAUUCAUUGCGCUGCUGGGCUGGGUCACGCUGCUUGGACUCACCAUUGACUUGAUCGACACAAAUAAACACAAAGAAAGCGCACUGAAACCGGGUCGAUUUAAAAAAGUUGCAUAGUUCGUGUCGUCACUGGCAUUUCUGUGUCGACAAACCUUUGGAAGUUAUCGAGUGUAAAUACUUGGGUGUUAGACGCGACGCUUCCGAAACUUUUGCGUGCGUUCCGACGACAUAAAAAGGCGAAAUGGGCGAGAAUGAUGUUCAGAUGGAGAGUACAGAGCAAAUGCAGGAGCCACACGCUUCAACCUCGGACAAAAUCGACUUGUCAUUAGAUGACAUUAUAAAGCUGAAUAAAAAGGAACAGAAGGCAAACAGAGCUAAAACUAAACGUGCUGUUAACAGGAACAACGUCUUGAAGAAAUUCAACCAGGUUCCACAGCAACAGAGGGGACUCAGACGAGGAGCGCAGCAGUACCAAGGGCCCGGCAGAGUGAGAGGUUUGAGUAGACAAAGGGGAUCCGGGAGGGGCAUGAUGUCAAGAAGGGGUUCACUAAAUACAGCUGCUGCUGCUGCCACGACAGGUGAAACAUUUGAUCAGACCACAUUCACAUCGCGGGGGACAUUCAGGGGACGAGGAAGAGGUAGAGGAAGAGGAGGCGGACUGACAAGGGGUGCAUUGUCAGCAAGGGGACAAAGGGGUGGAAGACCAUUUCUAUUAGACAGAGGGUAUUCCGCUACAAAAAGGGCGGAGAAAUUACAGAAGUAUGAGACAAUAAGAAGUCGAAGAACAGCACCAUCUGGCUCCACGCUGACAGUUUCCCUGCCAAAUGCUAAAUCUGCACCUGUCACUGUGAAGACUUCUAGUCAGGCUAGGAGGGGUGGGGUAGUGUUAAGGGGCAGAUCAUCUAGAGGAGCCGGUAAUUCUUCACCUAAGGGGAUUCCUCUGCAAUUUAACUACAAGGCAACUACUAACCAGACUGCCGUAUACCUUAAUGACCGUUUCACUGACCUGAGGUUAAGAGGGCGAGGACGGGGCCGGGGAAGAGGUGUUGGAAGAGGAAGAGGAAGAGGAGCUGUUGGAGGAGGUGGAGGAAGAGGAAACAUUGUUGGGGGUGGACGAGGUAGAGGACAAGGAAAUAUUAUAGGUGGUGGAAGAGGCAGAGGAAGAGGAAACAUUAUGGGAGGUGACAGAGGCAGAGGAAGAGGAGGGGUUGGUAUUACAAGAGGAGGGAGAGGCUUGAGAAGAGGGAGGGGAGGAUCAAGAGGAGCCAAUCGAACAGUAACUCUUCAGUGAUUAGAAGUAUGGCCAUUCGAUUUUAUGAAGUAGUACUGUUUACUGUGAUGCACUGAAAUUUUGGGGUGACAAUAUUGGGGUGAAAGAGAAAAAAAAUCAUUUUGCUGCAUUUGCUAUUCACUGUAAUGAUGUCAUUCAUCUAAAUAUUUUAGAAAUUUCUGAAAGCGGGAUAAGGGGAUUUUAUUGCAGUGUACAAACAAAAUAUUGUCUUUUUAAAGAAAAAUGAAUUUGAUUGUUAUAUGAUGAAAUUUUUACAUUUUUAGGUUAUGGAAAAAUACAAUUAUGAAUGGCACCUUAGAGGGUAAUGAAGUGCCUCUUUAAAUACAGUGUAAAUACUGUUUUGGAUUCUGACACUAGAAGAGGUUAUCUCAGUAAUAGCAAUUGUAUCCUAUGCUUCAAGUAAAAUGUAAAUACUCAAAAAGUUGUUUACAUUUGAUAUCAUUAUAUCAAUAAACACCAAUGAACAUUU